GUAGAAGUUACGCUACACUGCGCUAUUUGAAGGCUAUCUGAUAGCGCAUGUGACCUGAUUUCUCAAGGAUUUUUGCGUUGCGGUCAUUGUCUGCUAACGUAGCAUACCAGUAAUUCAUUUCACUGUUAAACAGAGGUUCUUAGUUAUUUAUUAACAAUGCAGGCCAGCCCUUCCGGCGGCAUGCUGGCCGUUCGCCUAGCCUCGCAUGCGAUGGCGGCCUGCUCUUUCGCUGCGUCCCUUCGGCCUGGGCUCGCGGAGCUAUCUCUUUGGCGCACGGCAUCUACUUCAGCAUCCCCAGAUGCUGCGGAAUCCGGGUCUUCAGCAGUCCCCACCCUGACCGCUGAGCAGCGCCAGCAGCUGCCCCGCCUGCUCUCCCUGCUUGACCGCCCCGGCACCUCCGCGCACCGCCUGGGCGCCCUCACCUCCCUCGCCGCCUCCUACCGCGACCUCUCCGUCUCCCUCUCCGCCCUCCACAUGCGCCACAUCAGCCUCAACCCCCUCACGGCCUCCGAGGCCGACUACACCGCCACACAGGAAGUCCGGGCCAGACUCAGCGCCCGCACCCCCGCCCCUUCCCCCGACUCCUCCUCCUCCUCCCCCUCCACUGACCCCUCCUCCCCCGCCCCCUCCUCCGCCUCACCCCGCCGCGGCACCUUCCUGCCCCUCCGCGACGUCAGCCUGCUGCCCGAGGACGUGCAGGUGGACGGAGUCACCCCCGCCCCCGCCCAGCCGGCCCUGCACCCCGAGCACAUGGACAAGGUGAGCUGCUGGGCGGCCCUGCAGCCGCCCCACCUGGAGAUGAGCCACCAGCUGCAGACGGGGGUCAGCCUGUUCCCGCCGAGCGAGGCGGCGCACCCCACCUACGUGGACAUGGACGCGGCGCUGCGGCUGCUGGCGCACCACCGGAGCGGCAAGCGGCUGCGGCUGCAGCGGCGGCUGCUGAGGCGGCAGGACAAGUACCAGAUGAAGACGUGGGAGCACCACGCUGGGGAGGCGUGAGGGGGG